AAGUACCCGCUCUACAUGAUGCAGCUUUACCAGUCACUCAUAACAGGGAAUGUGACAGAUCUCUCUGGUCUAGAACAGCCGGUCCUCCAGGAAUCAGACACUGUCCUGAGUCUCACUGCAAAGAGUUGCACUGAAGUAGGAGGCCGCUGGAUGUUCUCUUUUGAUAUGUCCUCUAUCUCCAGCAGCACUGAAUUGAAGUUGGUGGAGCUCAAAGUUCAUCUCUCUUCCUUUGGAAAGAGACGCAGUAUCACAGUGGAGAUCUACCAUUCCAAGACAGGCCAGGACAAGCUUCUCUUGGGAUCUUUCAGGACUAACCCAUCAGCUUCAAAAGGUGACUCCUGGAAGAUCUUUAACUUAACCAGAUUUCUGCAGAAUUCUAUCCACAAGGGAGAGCCAGCCUCACAUGGAGAAUAUAUUCCUCCAGAAGACAAGUCAAGACUCUCUAGCUUUGCUGGUCAUCAACUCCCACAGUACAAUGCAGAUCUUCUCUCUAGUACAUAUUCUCCAGCAGAGAGAGUGAUGCUGGUUGUGUUUGCCAGGGACAUGCCCUCUUCCGGCCACUUUGGCUCCUCUAGCCUAAUUAAGACUGUACAGUCCUCAAAGUACAUCAUAUCAGAGAAGACAAACAAGGGGGAUGAUCUACGGAGACAUAGGAGAAACUUCAACCCAAAACACAGCAGCAUUCUCAACAGCAUACCAUCAAGUGCACUGGAAGCUGGUGCACCCCUUUGCAGAAGGGUAGACAUGUGGGUGGAAUUUGACAAGAUUGAAUGGGGGAACCACAUUGUGUACCCACGAAAAUACAAUGCCUACAGAUGUGAGGGAGUGUGUCCAAUUCCACUGAAUGAGACCUUCAAGCCAACAAACCAUGCUUUUAUAAAGAGUCUAGUAAAGAUGUAUGAUGUGGAGAAAGUGGAGUGUUCCUCCUGUGUACCGGUGAAGAUGAGUGCACUCUCAAUGCUCUUAUACGAAGAGGACGAUGUGACACUGAAGCACCAUGAAGAUAUGGUGGUGGAGACCUGUGGAUGUAAUUGAGAAGCUAUGCAUUGCUCGUGGAUGUAGAUCAGGCUUUUUCAACCAGUGUGCCGUGUGCGACCAGUUGCAAGGUGUGUCGCAAAGCCAGAGCAGCUUCCUGCACCUUCAGAGUGAACCCGGGCUCUUCUUAGAGGAUUAUUUGUGCUCCGGCCGUGACCUAUGUCUUGAAGACGCGGCGGUGUGAUAUCAUAGGUCACGUCCGCCGCAUCUCACCACCCAGCCAGCCCACCCACCUGCAUACACAUCUUCCAGUUCCUGCCUGCAUACACAGCUUUCCUUGCCCACCCACAUCCACACCUGCCCGACCACCCGCUGCUCAGUAUUCGCAGCACUCCACUGUGAACAACCCCCGCCACUGAGGGACCGUUAGGGGCUAAUAUUUGUUAUUUUAUUUCUCCUGUGGGGAACAAUAGGAUUUAUGUGGGGAGAAUAAGGAUUUAUGGGGGGAACAAUGUGAAUAAUUCAUUUGGGGAGCAAUAGGAUUUAUGUGGGGAGAAAUGUGAUUGAUUUAUGUGUGAGCAACAUGAUUUUGUGGGGAGCAAUGUGAUUGUUUUUUCUGUGUAGGCCAAUGUAUGUGUGGAUUUUUUUUUUUUUACUGUGAGGGCCAAUGUGUGUGUUUUGUUUUUUUUCUGUGGGGAACUUAUGGUGUGCCUUGGCAAUUUUAAAAUAUUGGGGGUCAUUCCGAGUUGAUCGCUCGCUAGCAGAUUUUAGCAGCAUUGCACACGCUAGGCCGCCGCCCUCUGGGAGUGUAUCUUAGCUUAGCAGAAUAGCGAACGAAAGAUUAGCAGAAUUAUGAACAGAAAAUUCUUAGCAGUUUCUGAGUAGCUCCAGACCUACUCACAGAUUGCGAUCAGCUCAGGCCGUUUCGUUCCUGGUUUGAUGUCACAAACACGCCCUGCGUUCGGCCAGCCACUCCCCCGUUUCUCCAGACACUCCCGCGUUUUUUCUUGGCACGCCUGCGUUUUUCCGCACACUCCCAGAAAACGGCCAGUUUCCGCCCAGAAACACCCACUUCCUGUCAAUCACACUCCGAUCACUACAACGAUGAAAAUUCUUCAUUCGGACGUGAGUAAAUCUACUAAGUUUUUUGUUAAAAUACUUAGCGCAUGCGCACUGCGUACCAUGCGCAUUUUAGCCUUAAUCGCUCCGUUGCGAAAAUCGGCAACGAGCGAUCAACUCGGAAUGACCCCCAUUGUUCGGUGUGCCACAAGUAGAAAAAGGUUGAAAAUCACUGAUGUAGAUGGUUGUGGUAUGAAUGUGUAAAUGUAAUUAUUUAUAU